UACGGAGCAUAAAAACGGUUGAAUGAACUCAAAUAUAAAUACAGUCAUUCCUUGUUUAUUGUGGCUAAUCGGUUACAGACCCUCUGGAGCCCUCAGGGAAUGAAAUAACACCCCUAUAGUCACUUAGUGCAUGAGCAAAGCCUACAGUCUGACGUCCUUGUUUGUGAGCAUGUUGCCAGUAAUAUCAUUCAUUGACUUUCUACAACCUGCAUGAUGUCUUUCAUGUGAUGCUUGUCAUUGCCGUACUUCCAUAGACGAAAAGCCAGCGCUCUCCUAAAGAUGAUAGUAACAGGAUUCAUCAGACUCUAAUUGUGAGAGUCCAGACCUGAACUCCAUUAAGACAUUUUUGUCGUAUUUGUUGUUUAUUUGCUGACAUCCAUUUGAGGGAAGAGCUGUCAGUCUCGGUAACGGACAUCCGUGAGAAAGCCUCGCUGGCCUUGAGUGACUUGGUUUUCAUUUCUCCUGACCUGGUAAACUUGCUCAACUUCCUCACCUGACGGCUGAAAGUCACAUGAGUGAAGCAAAACAGGAAGUGGACAAGAAUAAGAGGAAGUGAUGAAAAGCAGCACAGGACUCAGAGACGGUGAGCGGAUCACGUUCGCUCAUGGAUCGCUACGCUGAGACCGUGUCGCUGACCCUGUGUCGCUGACCCAGAGUCACUUAGAGGACACAAAUGCAACCAAACGCGUGACAAUGGCCCGAUGCACUUUUUUUUAAGAAUAAAGGCAAAAUAUUGAUUAAAAAAGGUUGCAAGAGACUUAAUAUAAUAAAAAGACAGCCUCAUGCUCUAGAUGACCUGAAAGAAGAAAGCUUUUUAGUCAUCAUGGCUGCCAUACUUGACAAAAUCACCCUGUGAGCACAUAAUGAUGCAGCUACUGUGCUCACCCACAGACCAAAUGAACACUUUCUGAAAUGUCUGCUACCUAGCAUCCCGUUUCACAAUUCAUAUUAGCUUCUCCCACCCGGACCGUUCAACCUUCACAAUCACAGCGACGGAUGGUUCAGCUUCUCAAAUAAAAGGAAACAGAAAGGUGACCCAAGCGCACGGAGGACACUCAAACGCCACACGGCGAUGUAGGGUUGCUCCUUGAAAAAUGGAAUUGCCCCAAAGAAGAGUAGUUCUAAUGCAUCCCCUAUUGAGUUGAUAAGUACGACGACUAGGGACACAUUGGAAAAAAAGAACUGAAAUUUUGACAUUUUCAUAUUAUUACUUACCAUAAAUAUUUUCCUAAAAAUAAUGCUGAUUUGAAAUUGUUGCUGUUUUAGUAAAAUUAUAUUUUUGCGAGCCAAUACAGGCUCUUCAUUAAGGAUUUAACUCAUAAACAUUUGAUAUCAUAUAUUUACAACUAACUGCUGUAUACUUUGAUUUGAACGCUGUGGAGAAUUGGGAUUUCCUUUCUUGGUAUGUACUGCCAUCUAGUGGUCACUUUAAUGUACUUCUAUUUGUACUUCGUUCCAACAAUGCAAUCUCAAAGGACGAGGUUUUUCAGAAGGUCAUAUCGACUUGAAACCAACUUCCGCCUCCCAUUAUUCGGCCAUCAAUCUUUCGAUUACCACCCUUGACUCUUUACGACUUCCAGUUUCGGAGAUACGGUCGUUUUUGGCAAAAUACGACCACUUCCGGUGGUCGCAGGAAGUCGGCCAACCCCUAAGCCUAACACCAACCCCAAUUAUCUGAAUUCUCAGUUAAGAAUAUAAUUUUUGGUGCAUUAAGGACAAAAACAUGAAAAUGUAUUGAAUGUGAUCAUUAUUCUGGGAAAAUUUUAUAUUCACAAAUGCCGAUUUCUAAGAAUCACUCCAGCUAUAACAAACGUCACUUCCUUCUACAGCACCAAAGCACAAAAUAAGAGCCCAUAUAGAACAAGUUAACGGCGUCCUCUUACAAUGUUUAACUAAAAUAUUAUGAAAAUGUUUGAGAAAUGUUUGUAAGUCUAAAAAACAGUGAAAAUGUGAUUUUUGACACUCCUAAUCUAAGAUAUGCUGUGCUGCAUUUUAUCUUUAAGUGACUUUUAUUUUGACAAGCUGCUGGCUUACGUCAUCAACAAUCGACACUUGUUCGCUGUUCUUUCAAAGGAACACCGAUCCGACUUCAGGUUCCGUGGGAACCGGUUUGUCUCGGUUGGCGGUCUUAAAUCUCCAAUAUGGCGGUCAAUUAGAAGAAGGGAUGGGGGGCUUUUGGCCAACGGAGCUGGUUUCUGAGCUCUGUCAUGGGGAUGAAGGGAAUCCUUUCCCGGUGUGGCAGGAUGGACACGUCGGCAUCUGUUUCAACCAGCUGCUUCUUGGAGUCUUGCCUCACGUCGUCAUGGCCACGCUCAGCGCCUUCUACUUCGGCAGGGCCAAGAGCGCUCCUCCCCUGACGGUCGUCUCUGGCGGCUGGACUCUUCGUCUGGUAUCGACUCUGCUGACAGCGCUGCUCUUCGCUGCUGAUGUCAUCGUGGUGGGCACUGCCCGGCAGACGGACAUGUACCUGGAUGUCCUUGCCAGCAGCAGCAGCGCUCUGGCCUGGCUGGUUCAUGCGGGCGCCAUAGUGACUCUCCGGCGGACAGCCGCUUUCAGGAGGACGCAUGGACCCUCGCUGUUGCCUCUGUCGGUCCUUCUCUGUGUUCCAAACAUGGUAGUCACCUUGAUGUUCUACCUUGCCAAAAAGGAGGACUAUCUGACCCCAUCCAAACCUUUCCAUUUCACACGUUUUGUGUUGGCUUGCACCCGGAUGCUUCCCAUUUUUCUCUACCUGCUGGGCGUGGCUUGUCCCUUCAUCCGUGAGACUGCGUACGCUCUUCACAUCCAAGAUGUGGACCGAUCGCCUCUCAUUGCAGAGGAUUCCGAGCUGGACACUGGCGAGAUGGUGGCAGAGGAAGGGAGCAGUUGUGUCUCCCGCCUUUUUUACCUGUGGCUGACCCCCCUCUUCAGGCGAGGGCGAAGAGGAGAGCUGGAGCGACCAUCUGAUGUUUAUCACCUCCCCCGCAGCCUCCGCACCAGCGUGAUUCGCAGACACUUCCACCAGAGCUGGGCAGCAUGUCGCAGAGGGGCAGCGGUGCGGGCCGUGCAGGAUCAGUGGCCCCGCCCGAUUCAAAAUAGCAGCGGGGGUCACUAUAAGGAGGAACCACUGGAGCUGGAAGGCGAUGUGAGCCUGCUCCGGGUUCUGCACACGGCCUUCGGAGCACGCUUUUAUGUUCUGGGAUUGCUGAAACUGAUGGUGAACUUGCUGAGGCUCUCCGGGCCGCUCCUCCUCAACAUCCUGGUUAGCUUCAUGGAAGAAGAGGACGCUCCAGCCAGCAGGGGGGCCUGGUGCGCUGCCGCCCUCUUUGCCAGCACCCUCCUGUGUUCCUUCCUCCAGAAUAUGUUAGGCUUCAGAAUCUCCAAGGUGGAGCUGUCCGCCCGAGCCGCUCUUGUGUCGGCCAUCUAUCACAAAUCUCUGAGGGUCGGUGGUGCCGGACUGGCCCGCUUUACCCUCGGGGAGGUGGUGAACCUGAUGAGCACCGACACGGACCGCGUGGUCAACUUCUUCAACGUCUUCCAUGAUCUGUGGAGCAUGCCCUUCCGGCUGGCCGUCACCCUUUAUCUGCUCUACCUGCAGGUGGGCGUCGCCUUUCUGGGUGGGCUGGGUGUGACGCUACUGCUGGUCCCCUUCAACAAGUUCCUGGCCUCUCGUAUACUCAGCAACAACCAGGACAUGCUCAGGUACAAGGACAGUCGAGUUAAGCUGAUGACAGAAAUCCUCUUCGGGAUUCGGGUCAUCAAAUUCUACAGCUGGGAGGCCCACUUUACUCAGAAGGUGUCAGAAUGCCGCCAGGGGGAGCUGACUCAUCUCAAAGCCAUUAAGUACCUGGACGCCAUGUGUGUGUACACCUGGGCCGCCCUGCCCGUAGUCAUCUCCAUCCUCACCUUCGUCACUUACGUGCUGCUGGGACACCAGCUGUCCGCCGCCAAGGUGUUCACCACGCUGGCUCUGGUGGGAAUGCUGAUCAUUCCGAUCAACACCUUUCCGUGGGUGUUCAACUGCAUCCUGGAAGCCAAGGUAUCACUGCAGAGAAUCCAGCGCUUCUUCAAACUGACCAAUCAGGAUCUUCAGGUGUACUAUGCUUUGGUGACACCUGAAGAUGACCACACGGUGGUGCUGUUGAGCCAAGGCACAUUCAGCUGGCAGCAGGACACAGAAGAACACAGCAGAUCUUCUGGUAGUCUGCUGUUGCACAAUCUCAAUCUACAAAUAAGAAAGGGUUCUCUGACUGUGGUGGUUGGCAAGGUGGGAUGUGGGAAGAGUUCCCUGCUGGCUGCCCUCACAGGAGAACUCAUCAGGCACAGUGGCGUGGUGUACGUCGCAGGCCGCGAGUCCGGUUUCGGUCUGGCGUCACAGGAGCCUUGGAUCCAGCAUGCAUCUGUGCGGGACAACAUCCUGUUUGGGAAAGAGCACGACGCCUCUUUCUACCAGGCUGUGAUUGAAGCCUGUGCAUUGUCAGAUGACCUCAGCAUUUUGCCCGAUGGCGAUCGCACAGAAGUGGGAGAGAACGGCAUCACUCUGAGCGGAGGUCAGAAGGCUCGACUGGCCCUUGCCAGAGCUGUUUACAUGGAUAAAGACAUCUACUUCCUGGACGACCCUCUAGCGGCCGUAGACGCGCAUGUGGCCCAGCACCUCAUGCACAAAUGCAUCAUGGAGCUGCUUGCCGGAAAGACCAGAAUCCUUUGCACGCACCGCAUAGAGCUGGUGGACCAAGCUGACAUGGUGGUCCUCAUGGACAACGGGACCAUCAUCAAGACGGGAUCACCAACGGAGAUCCUUCCUUUGAUAGAAGCUUCGCCAAAACUACACAAGAAUGAGCAAAACGCCAAAGAAAAUGAAAGCGAAGAGGAGGAAGAAGAAGAACAGGUUUCCUCCAUUAAUCUGUGUGUGGAUGACGCAGAUGACGCCGAGCUUUCAGGGGCGGAGAAGAAGCAGGCGGGCAGCCUAGCGUGGAAAGUCUACGGGACCUACUGGGCUGCAGUGGGCGGAGCCUUGGCCACGUCUAUUUUGUUGUCUCUGCUGGCCAUGCAAGCCUCCAAGAACAUGUCCGACUGGUGGUUGUCUCACUGGAUCUCCGAGCUGAAGAACACCUCUGGGGUGAACAACUCCUCCUGGGGUGUCCUCACCGCCCCCCACCUGCUGCUCUUUUCAUCUGGAGGCCUCAUGUCAUCUCUGUCGUUGCCUCAAGCGUCCUCGGCCAACCUGAGCAGCGAGGUCCGGUUUUACCUGACGGUGUAUGGCUGCUUCGCUACGGCUAACACGGUCUUCACCGCCAUCAGAGCCUUCCUCUUCGCCUACGGCACCAUCUGUGCCGCCACCGUCAUCCACAAGAGACUCCUCAACCGGGUUCUCAAGGCUACAAUGACCUUCUUCGACACCACGCCGCUGGGUCGCAUCCUCAACCGCUUCUCCUCGGACUUGUACAGCGUGGACGACAGCCUGCCCUUCAUCCUGAACAUCCUGCUGGCCAACGUGUUCAACCUGCUGGGCAUGCUGGUGAUGAUGAGCUACGGCCUGCCGUGGCUCCUCCUGGCCCUGCCUCCUCUGGCGCUGAUGUACUACCGCACGCAACGCUUCUACCGGCACACUUCCAGGGAGCUCAAGCGCCUGUGCAGCGUCACGCUUUCGCCCGUCUACUCGCACUUCUCAGAGACGGUGAGCGGCCUCGGCACCAUCCGGGCCAGCCGCAGCUGCGCCAGAUUUGAGGAGGAGAGCCUCCAACGGUUGGAACAGAACCAACGCUGCCUGUUCCUCAGCAAAGCCGCCAUGCAGUGGCUGGACAUCCGCCUGCAGCUGAUUGGUGUUGCCGUGGUGACGAGCCUCAGCAUCAUUGCUGUCAUUCAGCACCAGUUUCAUGCGGUGGAGCCAGGCCUGGUGGGUCUGUCUCUGUCCUACGCUCUGUCCAUCACCACGCUGCUGUCAGGCCUCAUCUUCAGCUUCACUCAAACUGAGAUGCAGCUGGUGAGUGUGGAGCGAGCUGAAGAGUAUUCCAGCGAGCUUCCGAUGGAACCUCAGCCGGAGAACCCGCAGUUGGUGCCAUUAUGGCCAGAACUGGGUCGGGUGGAGUUCCGCCAUGUGGUUUUGGUGUACAGGGAGGGUCUUCCCAACGCCGUGGAUGGCGUGAGUCUGCUGGUGCGACCCGGUGAGAAAGUGGGCAUUGUGGGUCGCACAGGUUCUGGAAAGUCCACUUUAUUUCUGGCCCUGUUCCGCAUGAUGGAGGUUAGUCAGGGUCAAAUCCUCCUGGACGGGCGGGAUGUCAGCAGUGUGGAUGUGGCUCAGCUCAGGUCUAGGCUGGCCAUCAUUCCCCAGGAUCCUUUUCUGUUCAGCGGGACCAUUAGAGAGAAUCUGGACCCCUGUGGGAAACACCAGGACCAGCAACUUCUGGAGGUCUUGGACCAGUGUCACCUCAUGACUGUGGUCAGCAGGAUGGGUGGUCUGGAUGCUCAGGUGGAGGACAGAGGCAAGUCCUUCUCAGUGGGACAGAGACAACUGCUCUGCUUGUCCAGAGCACUGCUGACUCAGGCCAAAGUCCUGUGUGUGGAUGAAGCCACGGCCAGCGUGGACCAAAAGACGGACAAACUGCUACAGAAGACCAUCAGAGAGAGGUUCCAGGACAAGACUGUCCUCACCAUAGCACACAGGUUGAACACCAUCAUGGACUGCGAGCGUGUGCUGGUGAUGCACGCUGGGAAGGUAGUGGACUUUGACACCCCAGCAGCUCUUUGCCAGAAGGAAGACUCCAUCUUUGGCCGACUCCUCAGUGAGGUGACAAAAUGACAACAAAGACUCAGGAAGGAGACAAUCUUUUUUGUAACUUGAUUUUUUUCUUCUUGGAAAAACGUUUCCUUGAUGAACACUAAAUCUAUAUAUUCUACCAUCCGAUGAACAUGUGCCUGACAUGUUCCGCAGAAUGCUGCUACUGCACACGUGCAGGUGUUUUUGUUUUUGGGCCGCCAUGGUGACAUUGGAACGCUAAAUGACUUCCUGUCGCAACCAUGAAGUACAAAGAAGGAGUGGUUCGUGGAGAAAUGCCCAAAUAUUUCAAUGUGGUGACUUGUGAACGCAGUGAACAUUUAAAUGUAGACAGGAAGUGAGGGCCGGGUGGUGAAAAGUGAAACGAUUGAUGGCCAUCUCAGCUUUGUGACGUAGGUGAAAAAGCCUAUUAACUCACUUAAGUUUUUAUCACUGUUGGAUCUUUUUGCAUUUUGCAAAUAUUCCACCUUUCCUCUGGUAAUUUUUAUAUUUGAUAUGUGUUUGCCUGCAUUUAUCUAUUUGUGUAGUUCUGAAUAGAUUUGGAUGACAUUUUCAUAAAUUGUCAAACAGGAUAUGGAGGAACUGAUUAAACUUUGGGGGUGAUCUGGAUCACCGUCUUUUUUU